AUGCUAUUCGAGCAACGGAAGAAGAAGAUAUUGGAGUUCGCGGAGCAAACCAACGACGCUCUGAAGACCAUCCAAGAGGUCGGCCAGAAACUCAAUGUCACCAGCGAUACCGUGAAAAAGGUCAUCGAGACGAUCAAAAUCGCCGCGAACUCGUUCGGCGACAAAGCCGUCUAUGCAUCCGCGUUCACCGGCACCGUGGGGGCAGUCGGCAUCGCCGCCAACAUGAUCGCAACGUAUCAAGGCGUGGGCGAGCUGCGGGCGAUCGCAGGACACCUGAAGAGUAUGAGCGAGACACAAAGAGCCGAGCUUGCGCUCGCAGGGGGGACCGCCUUCGCCGAGAAUAUCUAUGUGAUGCUGAAGUCGAAGAUCGAAAAGUCGGACCCUGAGCUCGACUGGUAUUUCGUCUACCAUCCGGACACAGACUGGACGUAUCAUUUCGAGGAGAAGCUGCGGACCAAGGGUCUUUUGGGUCGGAAUUUCAUCGGCAUUGUGCAUGACCUCGAUGCCCUGGUCGCUUUCAUGUCGUCCGUCCGAGAUGUUUCCGCCACGCGACAUCCACGGCGGAGACCACCUUUCUUCCACUUGGUCAUUCCAGCCUACGAGCCAAUUGUCAUCCCCACGCCACUGCUGAUUCCGGAGAAACUGCAUCCAUUCCGGAUCGAGGGCGAUAUUCACCGCGGAACAUAUCUAGUCUGGAUGAAUCUCCCGGGGGUGGACGAGAAGGCCGUUCAGAACAUCGGGGUAUUCCAACCGCCACGGUCGAUAUGGGACAACAUCAUGCUCCAAGUCGGUCUCGUGCAAAACCCACCUCCCCGGUUCCUCGGCGCCAGUGCCCAGAAGAUCGAACAGCCCCAGGUUCCUCAACUUCCCGCGCCAGCACCCGUUGCAGCUAUCACAGCGCCCGAGCCAGAAAAGGGCGAGAUCUCGUCGCUGAAAGCCAGUCGUGGAUCUAUUCGCCGUGCACAAACGUAUCAGGAUAGCGAGACGGGAUCGACACACAGUUCCCGAUCGCAUUCUCACCGCAGACGCAGGCGACAUCGGUCGAACAGUGUGAGCUAUAUAUUCACCUGA